AUGGACUGCAGGCGGCCUGCCCUCGCCGUGCUCAGCUCUCUCACCACCACUCGCUCGGACAGGAUGAACGCCCUGGAUGGUGUCCCCUUCAAAGUAGCCAAGGGACUUGUGGUGGACACAGAGCGCUGUCCCGGGCCUGAGCUCAGCAUCACAGCUUGCAGAGAGGUUCUGUUGGGCUCCAUGCACGACUUCGGCCUGGAGAGGAAGGCUCUCUUCUGGGCGGAGGCCGCCGUCCGGGUGCCCAGCCCGCGCCAGUGCGCUGGCCCGGGCACAGCGUCAGCGCCCCCGGCCUGGUUCUUGCUGGUCAGCGCCGAGGACCGGCCAGUGCCAGCGCAGGCCGCAGCCCGAGGUCCGAACACGGGGCCCCGGGAGCAGUGCGAGGAGGAGGAGAAGCGCGUCCCGCCGUCCGGCCGGCGCCUGUGCUCUCGGCCCUCGGAGCCGCCGCCCCGCGGACCCUCCCCGUCUCUCAGCCCAGACCCCCGCCUGCCACCCACUGGGAGUGUGCCCCAGCCUCUCAACCCGAACCAGUCACACCCCGAUUCUUCUUCGGCUGACCUGCUCUCUGCCCUGAGCCAGGAGGAGCAAGACCUCAUCGGGCCUGUGGUGGCUCUGGGGUAUCCCCUGCGUAGGGCCAUCGCAGGCCUGCAGAGGACAGGGAGACAGAGCCUGAGCCAGUUUCUCAGCUACCUCAGUGCCUGUGACCGGCUGCUGCGGCAGGGCUACGAGGAGGGCCUGGUGGAGGAGGCCAUGGAGAUGUUCCAGUUCUCUGAGAGCCAGGCAGGGGACUUCCUGCGGCUCUGGGAGCAGUUCAGGGCCAUGGGCUUCCAGCAGGACCGGGUCAAGGAGGUGCUGCUUCUCCACGGCAACCAAGGAGAGCAAGCCCUGGAGGAGCUGGUGGCCUGCGCCCUGUGACGCCCGCCCGCCCAAUCCCUGCGCUUCCGCCUUGCCGUGGCCAUCCUGGGGCAGGCCUGGCCCUCUGCCCUGACUGUG